GUACAAAUUUUUUGUCGAUGACGUUACGUACUUUUUCUCACAAAUUUUUGUUGUCCCCCUGUAGAGUCUGACGUAUUUUGGAGCGUCAGUGUUGACAACAAGCUUGUAGUGAUAAGUCGUCUAUUGACUACAUUUUGUUGUAGAAGACUGACGUCUCUUGAGCGUUGAUCUUGUUGUUCCACUGUUAGUUAUAACCAGUCGUGUGAUACUGACGUAUUUUUUGUGAUAUUUCGUGCAGUGAUAACACUAAAUAUGUUUACUGUGAUAUUUUGUGAUUUGUGAUUAUUUUAAUAAUGACCAAGAUAUUUAUUUCCGAAGCGGAGACGAACUGUGGAUUUAGAGCGAUGCGGGGCUGGUGCGCGCGCUGGAGCGGCGGUGGGCGCGGACGGCUGCGCUGGUUGGCCGCGCUGCUGUGCUGGGUGGCGCUGGCUGCCGUGGCCCUGCCGCGGUUACAGGCACCGCCCUCGCCGCGCCCCGCGCCGCCAGCGCCCCCUGCCCGCCUGCUGCUGCAGUCCGAGGCGGCCGCCUCAACUCCUGCGCUUGUCACACAGGCGCUUCCCGCCACCGACACCAGGGUGCUUACCGAGGAUGAGCUGCGCGCCGACGCCGAGCGCCGGCUGCCCUCACUCCCACUGGCUUACUGGCACAAGCACAAGGACGAUAAGAACAAAUACUAUAAGAAGAAAGACUGCGCACCUUUCCCUUCGAUAUACGACUUAGAAUUCCAUAAUACAUACUGGCAGACGCUUCGGGCCAGCGAAGGCGUGUUCCACCUCUACGGCGCGUACAUGGACGCGCGGAACACGUCCCGAAUCGGGCCCGCGGUGCGUGUGCUCGCCGUGCACGACCGGAUCAAGCCCACGCUCGCCACGCACUGCCAGCUCUGGUUCGAGGAGCGCGAGGCGCCCGUCGUCGUCCGUAACCUUGAAUACAAGUACGUGUGGAAUAGUAAGUGGGGCAACUACCGGGACCACGUGCUUCAGCCCUACUUGCUGGCCUGCGUGCUACCAGCAGAGGUGCGCCAUUUGGUGCCGGCCUCCGUCUCCAUUGUGGAGAACCCUUGUGACAGGGCGACCAACAACCUCCGCGUCCACUACGAUCGGCCCGUGCCGCCAACGCCGAGAAAGGAAUUCGCGGUGUGCGUCAAGGGCCUAGACUUCUUGCACGAGGACCUCUCCGUCCGCCUUGUCGAAUGGAUAGAGCUAAUUCGCAUCCUCGGAGCCGACAAGAUAUUCUUCUACGAGCUGCAGGUGCACCCGAAUAUAACCAAGGUGCUGGACUAUUACCGAGCACAGGGCGCGGUAGAGGUGACACCGAUCACGCUGCCGGGCGGACAGCCCAACCUGCCCGGCCUGCAGCACAUGUACCUCAAGAAGAAGACGACGCACAAGCGCCAGAUGGAAUUGAUUCCUUACAACGACUGCCUGUACCGCCACAUGUACGAGUACCGGUGGCUGGCGCUGCUCGACAUCGACGAGGUGAUCGUACCGCUCGAGGACGAGGACUGGAGCGGGCUGAUGCGGCGCGUGCUGCCGCUGGCCGUGCCCGCGGCUGGAAAGCCGGCGCGCUCCUCCUACCACGCCUCUAAUCUGUACUUCCUGGACUCGCUGCGGCACGAACAUGGCUGGGAGGAGGGCGUGCCGCGCUACAUGCACAUGUUGCAGCACGUGUACCGCACGCGCAACUUCACCAAGCCCGGCCAGUAUGUGAAAGCGUUCCAUGAAACGGAGCGCGUACUGGCGCUCCACAAUCACUUCCCACUGGCGUGCCUCGGCGGCGCGUGCUCCUCGUAUGCGCUGGAGACGAGGCACGCGCGGUUACAGCACUACCGCGCAGACUGUGUCACCGCACUUAGCAAGUCGUGUGGCGAGCUGCGCGCACAGCCGGUGCGCGACACUGCGCUGUGGCGCUGGCGCGGACCUCUUCAAGAGCGCGCCGAACGGGCGCUGCGAGAUCUCGCCUUCCUGCCGCCGCACCGGUGACCCGCGCCCGCCGCGCUCUCGGGCGCACAACAACCUACGCUUAGUCUAUAACUAUUCAAUGCUAGUAUUAAACUUAUUUUUAUAGUU